UUGCAUUGAUUCUUCUUUCAAAUACCCGCAGUCAGUUGGCGGCUUUCGCGGAAAAGUUUAUUAAUUUAUUUUUGCCUUUUUUCACAUAACCAAUAAUAUGCAAAAAAUUAAAAAGAAACCACCAAAUAGACAUCAUAUACCGAAGUUAAUUGAAAAUGUUCCGGUAGAAUAUAAAGACAAUGUCAAAGGGAUGUCUUUAAAAAUGAUGUCUCACGAAGCUUAUGGACAGCCUUACGAAUGGUCAACAAAAGACUUUGAGAUGGGCGCGCCUUUGGGACGUGGUAAAUUUGGUCGCGUGUAUUUAGCGCGUGAAGUUACGACAAAAUACAUAGUAGCUAUGAAAGUUAUGUUUAAAGCCGAAGUAGAAAAAGGGAAUGUACAGCGUCAAGUUUUACGGGAGAUAGAAAUUCAAUCGAGGUUAAAGCAUCCCAACAUUUUACGCUUAUUGACGUGGUUCCAUGAUGAUGUUCGCAUAUAUUUAGCCUUAGAAAUUGCCUCGGAGGGUGAACUCUUCAAGCAUUUGCGCAACAACCAACGCUUCGACGAGUUUCGCUCUGCGAAAUACACUUACCAAGUAGCUGAUGCUUUGAACUAUUGUCACUUGAAUAAUGUCAUCCAUCGAGAUUUAAAGCCUGAAAAUAUUCUACUUACCUCAUCAGAUGACAUUAAAGUAGCCGAUUUCGGUUGGUCGGCUCAUACAUUAUCAAAUAAGCGCAAAACAAUGUGCGGUACAAUUGAUUACUUACCGCCUGAAAUGGUUGACGGUCGCACUUACAACGAUUCUGUAGAUCAAUGGUGUUUGGGUGUGCUAUGUUAUGAAUUUUUAGUAGGUUCUGCACCAUUUGAAUCUAAAGACACACAAAAGACGUACGAGAAGAUCCGUCGCUUAGAAGUGCAUUAUCCGUCUUUUCUUUCAGCAGGCGCGAAAGACCUCAUUUCCAAAUUGCUACGUAAACCCGGCGACGAGCGCAUAACUUUGGUCGACGUAAUGAAGCAUCCAUGGAUAAAGCAAAAUAUGAAAAAAAGAAAUGCCUUAUUAGAGGAACGAGCUCUGAAAGCAAGAGCGGCGGGGGCAUCCUAUGUUAAUUAAUUCUUUAAUUUUGGAAUCUUUGUUCUUUUUUUUUACUGUCUUA